GGGAGGGGGGGGCUGUCUGUCUGGCUGGCUGGGAGGAAAACACAGCCUCUCCCCCCCCUCCCCAAAUUCUCCUUCCGAACCAGCUGCUGGCGAGGGGCGAGGUGAUGCGACGCCCACCUGCCUGCUCUCCUGCUGGCGCCCGGCCCGCCGACCCCGCCGCCGCCGCCGCCACUUCGGUCUGUUUGGGCAGCCCCCGGCCCGGCCGGGACGGGAACUCCUGGGCACGGUGCCCCGGAGGGGGGCCAGCCGAGAGCCUGGCCGGGCGGAGAGCUGGCGGUGGCGCUCGGAGCCCCCCCGCUGCCCGCGCAGGGCUCGCUGCCCGCCCGGUCUGGCCCUGACUUUGGGGGGCGCGGGGCUUUGGAGGAUGGGACAAAGAGAAGGGGGCAGCGCCAUGGUUUCGUCUCCGGCCGGGACCAGCCUCAGCGGAAGCCUGCGCCCUUCGGCGGUGCUGCUGCUGGCCGUGCUCGGUGGAGUGGUGGAGAGCCGAGGUGGGACCGUCGACGGCCUGCAAAGAUUCGCCAGCUCGCCGGUCUAUCUCCCGGUGAAUUACCACCUUUUCAACACCGAUGCUUCCUUUUUCCUCAAAGAGACCAACCAAGAGAUUGUGAGAAACGCCAGCUUGCGGUCCCGCACGGAGCCUUUCCUGGUUUACAAAACCACCCGCUUGCCUGUCUUCAACGCGACUUACGGCCCUUUUGCUGUGGAGCAGAUUAUGCCUCCGAGCCUCUGGCUGACCUCGCCUCUGUUCAGCUUCCCUGACCGCUUCACUUUUCAUUGGAAGUUACAAUCCCGCCUCCUCGACGGCUCGGUCUAUGCCAACAGGCCCAAAGUCCAGGUUUUGUUUUAUGUGGCUGGCAAAGAUUGGGAAGACCACGAUCCGGCUGAGAUCUUACCUUGUGUACAGUUGGUGGCAUCCCGGGAGGACAGAGUCAUUGUUGGCAACUGCCGGUUGAAAGGUCAUCUGGGCUUAUGCGUUGCCGAACUGGAGUUCCCACCGGCUUGGUUCAACCCGGAGCUGUCAACUCCAUUGACGCCAUUGUCUUCAGAGUAUCAAGAGGUGGAGGACUCCUGGGAAGGGAUCACUGUGGACCUUUUCUGUUGGAUGUAUGCAGCGCUGGAGGAAGAUUGUCCUUCAGGAGAUCCAGAGCUGGAGAGCUUUCUUCAGCCAGGAGGCCAGGAUGAGGCCCAAGGGCCCAUGGCCUCGCUGGAAAGAGUUGGCAGCGUUAUUCUUUAUCCAACUCAAGGCAAAGUCAAGAAGUCGUCCCUAAAGCUUGACAAUAACCUGUUCCUCUGUCUGCCACUUAGCCCGGUCAAGGAAGGAGAUCUUGUCAUGUUCCAUGUCUCUCUCGCCAGUGGCUCUCUAGCAGAUCAGUUUACACUAAGAGUUAAGGCUGCCCCAGGUGUGAAGAUCAUCGACAUUCGAGUCAUUGAUCCACACCGGUGGCAAGUUCAACAAGAUGUUGACAAUGGACGGACACAGACGACUGCUACCAUUGUGUGUGAGCGCAUUGAUCCCAAUGCUGAGAACUGGGUCAACAUAACUUCUUAUGAGAUCUUUCAAAUGGAUUUUGAAAUUGACAACAGCAGCGAGUUGGCUGGGGCCCAACAAAUCACCUGGCAGGUCGAGUACCCUCGAGACGAGGCUGAGAGCGAGCUGGUGGUCUCCGAGAUCUUUGUCAGCCAAUCCCUGUUCGUGGGAAUUGUUCCACUCGCGAUGGAUACUGAGAUCCUCAACACAGCCAUUCUGACGGGCAAGCCAGUGUCUAUCCCUGUGAAAGUAGUUGCUGUUGAUGAAGAUGGAUCCAUCAGAGACAUCUCCAGCUCUGCUGAAUGCAGAUCAGUUGAUGAAGAUGUCCUCAAGGUCUCGGACAACUGCGAUGCCAUCUUUGUGAAUGGGAAGGAAAUGAAAAGCAAAGUGGACGCCCUGGUGAACUUCACCUACCAGCAUUUUACCACUCAGCUAGAAGUCCCUGUCUGGGUCCCACGGCUCCCGUUGCAAAUUGAGAUCUCCGAUACCGAGCUGAGCCAGAUUAAAGGUUGGAGAAUUCCUGUCACCUCCAACAAAAGGCCCACCCGUGACAGUGACGAGGACGAGGAUGAUGAGAAGAAGGGCAAAGGCUGCACCCUCCAGUACCAGCACGCCAUGGUGCGUGUCCUGACCCAGUUUGUGGCAGAAUCCUCUGACCUUGGAGGACAGCUGACCUACAUGCUUAGCUCUGAAUGGCAGUUUGACAUCACAGAUCUGGUGGCCGACUUCAUGAAGGUGGAAGAAUCCAAAGUGGCCAAGCUACAAGGGGGGCGAAUUUUGAUCGGCCGCGAGCAAGGGAUCACAACUGUCCAGGUCUUUUCUCCCCUGUCCGAUUCCAUUCUGGCUGAGAAGACAGUGAUUGUACUGGAGGACAGAGUGACCAUCACGGACCUCGGAGUACAACUGGUGGCGGGCUUGUCCUUGUCUCUCCAGACAAAUAAAGGGAAUAAGAGAUUGAUGGUUGCAACAGCCUCUGCUUCGGAUAUUCUGCAUGCAGCUAAACAGGAAGCGGUGCUUAGCACUUGGCUUUUAUUUAGCGAUGGAACUGUGACCCCUUUAGAUAUCUACGACCCCAAGGAUUUCUCCUUGGUUGUCACCUCGCUGGAUGAAAUGGUGGUGUCUGUCCAUCAAAGGCAGGAAGAUGACUGGCCAGUAGUGGUGGCCGAAGGUGAAGGCCAAGGACCGUUGAUUAAAAUAGAACUGGUGAUCAGCGAGGCCUGCCAGAAGUCCAAGCGCAAGAGUAGUUUGGCCGUUGGGAAAGGGAACAUCAAGGUGAAAUUUGCUCCAAAGACAUCUGAACGCAAUGAAGAGACCAAGAAUGGCAAAGAUGCAGAGAGUGGUUUUAAAAGUAACUCGAUAGAAAAUCCCCUGGAAGGAGAGAGAGCAGGGCAGGACUGGUCCAAACAUGAUGCUUCCAUGAAUCAGGAUGAGUUGACCAACUCAAACUCAAGCUCUUUCUUUAAUUCUCACAGAGAGGAACACCUUCGAAACAAUUCUCUUACCUCUACGAGCUUUCCCACCCAAGAGGCUGUCCCAAGGCAGAAUAGCCCCAGUGAUCUCACCCUGACUUCCAGAGGUUUAACCGAUCUGGAGAUUGGGAUGUACGCUCUUCUCUGUGUCUUCUGCUUAGCCAUCCUGGUCUUCUUAAUCAACUGCGUGGCGUUUGCCUGGAAGUACCGUCACAAAAGAUUCACCAUCAGUGAGCAAGGGAACCUCCCCCAUUCCCACGACUGGGUGUGGCUGGGCAACGAGGUUGAGCUGUUGGAGAGUCCUGUGGACAUUUCUCUCCCAUCGGACGAAUGCACCGCCAUCAUUGACCGCGGGAUACUUUUUGAAGAAAGCAACUUCCUCCUCAACGGAAGUUCUCAGAAGAGCUUCCACAACCAGAUCCUUCGGUCUUCUGAAUAUGAUUGUGACAAGGACUUCAGAAACGAACCUAUACACCCUCCCGGGCCCAAGCGGAAGAGGGUUAAAUUCACCUCCUACACCACCAUUCUGCCGGAGGAUGGUGGCCCCUACACCAACUCCAUUCUCUUUGACGGUGAUGAUGACAUCAAAUGGGUUUGCCAAGAUAUGAACUUAGGUGAUUCCCAGGAAUUUAGAGACUAUAUGGAAAGACUUCAGGACCAUAUGUAAACACACACAGACAGACAGACAGAAACAACCAUACAUAUAUAAAUAUAUAUAGAACAAAACACAAUUAUCUUUUUAUGUUUGUAUUCACCUUUAUGCCUUCUGUUUUAUGGAUGAUGGAGCAGCGAAACCCAGCCAGUGAUGGAGAACACUUCUCCAGAUUUGGGAGAUCUGGGCUCACGAUGGUUGUGAGAUGGAAUCCUGGCUGUGUUCUCUUCUGUUUCAUUGGAUACCAAACAGCUACCUACAAAUCUUGGAGAAACACGAAGAACUUUUUUUUGUACGCCACCAGAAACUUGUGAUAGCCAAUCCUGUUCAGCUCGAGACAAAGAGGAUGGGUUGGUCCACUACGUUUUCACACGUUGGGAAAAAAAAACAUUUUGGAGACUGGGAUGGGGUGGGGUUGAUUUCUUUUUAUUCUUUCCCUCUAGAAAAUCUUUGUAGAAGCACAGUUGAGAUUCCGUCUUCAUAGCUGGAAUCCACACCUCCUUGCAAAGAAUUAGAACAAAAUGGCCUGUUGGUCAAACACGGACCAACGUGCCCUUUUUAUUUCAUUUUUAAUAUGGCUCAUUUGUUUUGGGGUAUUUGUUUA